AUGGACACAGACACAGGCAUGCACCAAAACCAACACAACAACCAACAGUUCAAAAUCCAGCACCUGCACCACCUCCACAACCAGCACAACAACAACAACAACAACCAGCACAACAACCAACAGUUCAAAACCCUGCACAACAACCACCUCCACAACCAGCACAGCAACCAACAGUUCAAAACCCUGCACAACAACCACCUCCACAAACAGAGCAAGGACAUAAAAGAAGUAGAGAACAAGGAAACCAAGAAUUCUUAA